GAGGAUGAACUCAACAAGAGCAGCAGUCUCAAGGGGAGAAGCAACGUCGUCAGGCAUACAAUACAACGGUCGUGGCCAGACAGGGGGCUCUCACUUGUCGAGAGGUCUGUUGAGAGGCCGCGGUGCAUGACUCGCCGUGACGGGGAAGGGCGGGAGGACGGUCUAUGGAGAUGCCAUCUUCGUCUUCAUGUUUCAUUUUCUCUUCUCCUCUCGUUGACUAGGGGUGCUCCGCGUCUUUUCUGUGUUGCCACGGGCGAUGAAGUUGGGUCAUUUUUUUGAGCUUGUUUCGUCUGUCACCUGAAUUUGAGGGCUCUGCUUUUAUCAGAAGGUGGUGCUUCAGGAAUCCAGAGGACCAAUUCUCUCCAAUCUGGGAAGCUAGAUGCGAGGAGGUUUGCCCUUUCGAGGUUCCUACCGGCCAGGAUGAUGGACUCGUGCUAGAGAGGCAGACUGCCACUUGCAUCGCUACCUCCCUGGGCAUGGAAUAUUGCUCGUAUAAGUCCGUGUGUGCCCCUUGUUAGGUCAAAAUCUCGCAUAUCAUCCACAGCAGAGUGGUAGUCAUGGAGGACGUUCAGCAAAGAAGACAGCGGUUGGCGGCUAUGAGGGAAGAAGCUGCCAUGGAAGAAAGUGUAGAUGCUAUCGCUCCCGGUACAACUCUUGCACCGGGAAAUUCCCUGACCCUUCCCAACCCUAUGAUGGACUUGCCACCCGGCACGGCUGUUGGCCCCCCGACUAAAUCUGCUGGUUUCGAUUUUUACACUGAUCCAUUGACAGCGUUCACCAAUGCGAAACGAAGGAAACCAGCAGUUGGAGCAGGAGCACCAGGAAGAGCUCCAUUGUAUGGGCCAGGAGGCGUGCAAGCUCCUCCAUGGCAACCGACGCACGGUGCACCACCAUUCUUUCAACCUCCUCCGAUGCAUCUUGCCCAACCACCACCACCACCAUUUUCUGGAAUUCCUGGAUGGCAACCCAUACCGUACCAGCCUCCUUUCAUUGCUCCGGGGCCCUCUCCUCCUCCUGCAUAUCCAAUGGGUCAGCCACAAACUUUAUCCCCUCACUCGCAUGGACGAGGAAGAGAUAUGAACGUCGGAGGAAGGGGAAGGGGUUUGGACAGUCGCACGGGAGGGAGGGGAGGUUAUGGCAAUAAUUUUCCUGGACCAGGUAGUGGCUACAGCAGCAGCAACAACUCAAAUGCCUGGAAUUCCGGACGGGGUGCACCCUACAGUGGUGGAUACUCUGCUAGAGGAGGUUCUGCAAGGGGACAAGGUAGGGGAGGACAGAGAGGAGGAAGAACAUCGUCAGCAAAGGAGCAGCCACAUUUGUUUUUCAAGAAGUCUAUGGUGGAGGAUCCUUGGAAGCAGCUAGAGGAGAAAUUUUCAAGGACGAGAAGUAACUGAAAUGGAGUUCUGGAUUCUAGGCUGUAAAGUAUAUCUUUCUUGAAAUUUGCAACUCAAUAGCGGUUCGUGCGCAAGAAGAAUUUCCUCUCAUCCGACACUGUCGUGAGUUCUAGGUCAUAGAACAGCGAGUGGCCCCCACUAAAUCUUCAACGACUCGAUGCUUGCAAGAUUCACGAGGAGAGUUUCGGAUGGAGAGGUUUGUCAUCUUUGGUAACUGAACAGGCUUUGUCCUUCAAAGUUUGAGAUAGAAAUUAGAACACGGAUAGAGACGAAGGGUGAUACGCUUUCACAACAAUAGAGUUCCGCCCACAGUAUAAACGACUUCUAUUGCCGCUCUGGGCAUAGGUUGCUCUCGUCAUCAACUGAGCUCGCCGAAAGCUUCUAUAUCCCUUGGCCCGUGAUUACGUCGACUUUUGGCAGGCCUGAUAUUCUGUCAGCAAUGUAAUGACUCUUGAAGUGUAGCGUAGGUUGGUGUGUGCUUCAAUGCAAAAGCUUGAAGGAGAAUUCAACCAAAAGAACCAUGUCAAGCAGUCAUGGUAAGUCAACUUUUAUGUAAAGAUGGGACACAAAUGAAAUCCACCUCAGGACAUUGGGUCCCCUUUAAUAUAUUGCUCUUUGAAAGUGCUUCCCAAUGAAGAGAGCAGACUGUACACCAUGAAGUUUAUUUGCUUGACAUAAGCUUUAGAGAUUCUGACACUGCGUGAAGAGAACCAGUAAUACAUAUAACUCCUUUGGUGCCAUUUCUCACGAGAUGAACCAUAUAGACAGCUCUCGCAACUGCAGCUUCGAGAUCUUCCGCUUCAUCUACAAAUAACGUCUCUUCUCCCUCUGCUUUGAUUUCAGCAACGUCUUGGAGUCCAUAAGCAGUUUCAAUCCCCAGGUCUUCUGCCGCUUGCUCAAAAAUGUCAGCCAUGGCGCUGGCUGACAUGGCUCGCUUGGCACCACCAGCUAUGUCAACACUGGUAGUUACCACAAUCUUAGGCCUCGCU